AUGAGCAUCCACGGCAUGUUCCGGUUCGCGGACCGGGUGGACGUCCUGCUCAUGGCCCUGGGCACGCUGGGGGCCAUCGGCGACGGGUGCUCCACCAACCUGCUGCUCAUCUUCGCCAGCGACGUGAUGAACGCGCUCGGGUACGGGGGCGCCCAGGCUGCCGCCACCGGCGGCGCCAAGAGCGCGCAGUUCAUGCACCAGGUGGAGAAGUCGUGCCUGAAUUUCGUCUACCUGGCGCUCGUGGUCCUAGCGGUGGCGUUCAUGGGUAACUUCAGCUCGCUGCUCGCCACACCUAGCCUAUUUAUUCAUGCACAUCAUUCACCAAGGGUACUGCUGGAGCCGGACGAGCGAGCGGCAGGUGCUGCGGAUCCGGUACCUGUACUGCAGGCCAUCCUGCGGCAGGAGGCGGGCUUCUUCGACUCGCAGGAUCAGGCCACCACCUCGGAGAUCAUAAACAGCAUCUCCAAGGACGCCUCCCACAUCCAGGAGGUCCUCAGCGAGAAGGUCCCUCUAUUUCUGAUGCACUCUACGGUCUUCGUCUCCGGACUAGGCUUUGCCACUUAUUUCUGCUGGAGGCUGGCUCUGGUUUCUUUUCCUCUGGUCCUGCUUCUCAUAAUCCCAGGGCUCAUCUACGGCAAGUACCUUCUCUACCUGUCCCGCCAGUCACGCCAUGAGUACGCCAAGGCGAAUUCCCUGGUCCAGCAAGCUCUGGGCUCUAUCAAGACCGUUUACUCCUUCACAGCCGAGAAAAGGAUCAUCCAGAAAUACACAGCAAUCCUUGACAAGACGAUCAAGCUGGGGAUCAAACAAGGCAUUGCAAAGGGUCUUGCUGUUGGGUUCACCAGACUUUCUUUUGCCAUUUGGGCGUUUCUCGCAUGGUACGGUGGCAGAUUGGUGAUGUUACAUCAUGUAAGUGGUGGAAGGAUAUAUGCUGCUGGGAUUUCAUUCGUCUUGGGUGGCCUAUCCCUUGGAAUGGCACUCCCUGAGCUGAAACAUUUCACUGAGGCAUCUGUUGCUGCCACAAGAAUCCUUGAUCGGAUAAACCGUGUUCCCCAGAUUAAUGCUGAUGACCCAAAAGGCCUUAUUUUGGACCAAAUUCAGGGAGAGCUCGAAUUUGAAUCUGUCCGUUUCGUGUACCCAUCAAGACCAAAUAUGCCAGUCCUCAAAAACUUCAACCUCCAGAUUCCUGCUGGGCGAACUAUUGCUUUGGUUGGGUCCAGUGGCAGCGGCAAGUCAACAGCAAUAGCUUUAGUGCAGCGCUUCUAUGAUGCCAGUGAAGGAACUGUCAAAAUUGAUGGUUUUGACAUUAAAGGACUCCAGCCCAAAUGGAUCAGGAGCAAAAUGGGGCUAGUCAGCCAGGAUCAUGCAUUGUUUGGUACUUCAAUAAAAGAGAACAUCUUGUUUGGCAAACCAGAUGGGACCAUGGAUGAGGUUUAUGCAGCAGCUAUGACAGCAAAUGCUCACAACUUCAUAAGGGGGCUUCCAGAGGAAUAUGAGACUAAGAUUGGUGAGCGUGGAGCAUUGUUAUCAGGUGGCCAAAAGCAGUGUAUUGCCAUUGCAAGGGCGAUAAUUAAGAACCCUGCUAUACUCUUGCUCGAUGAAGCCACAAGUGCACUUGAUUCAGAAUCAGAAAACUUGGUACAGCAUGCACUUGAUCAAGCAUCCACGGGACGAACAACACUGGUAGUAGCUCAUAAGCUCUCAACUGUGAAGAACGCUGAUCAGAUCGCAGUAGUUGAUGGGGGUACAAUCGUUGAAAUUGGUACACAUGAUGAACUGAUCAGCAAGGGUGGCCCAUACUCGAGACUUGUGAAAUUGCAGAUGAUGGUAAGCUACAUUGAUCAAGAAAAUGAACAAUUUAGGGCUUCCUCAGUGUCCAGGACAAGUACCAGCCGUCACAGCAUGUCCACAGCAAGUCCAAUGCCACUAACACCAGCUAUCUUAAAGGAAAAUAAUUCUGAUGUUCCUCCACCUGCACCAUCUUUCUCCAGGCUUCUUGCAAUGAACGCACCUGAGUGGAGGCAGGCAGUCUUAGGCAGUUUAUCUGCAUUGGUAUAUGGUUCAUUGCAGCCCAUCUAUGCCAUAACCAUCGGAGGAAUGAUUGCUGUAUUCUUUGUUCAGGACCAAAAUGAGAUGAAUGCAAAUAUCAAACGCUAUGCCUUGAUCUUCUGCUCACUGUCCUUGGUAUCCAUUGUUGUGAAUCUAUUGCAACACUACAAUUUUGCAUACAUGGGGGAGCAUCUUGUUCGGCGCAUCCGGGUCCAAGUACUUGAGAAGAUCUUAACCUUUGAGGCAGCAUGGUUUGAUGAAGAAACUAAUUCAAGCGGUGCGUUGUGCUCUCGGCUAAGCAAUGAGGCUUCUCUUGUCAAAACCCUUGUUGCAGAUAGAAUAUCCUUACUGCUUCAAACAGCUUCCGGAAUUAUAAUUGCGGUGACAAUGGGCCUGAUUGUAGCUUGGAAACUUGCUCUUGUCAUGAUAGCUGUACAGCCAUCUACAAUGAUAUGCUAUUAUGCAAAAAAGGUGGUUCUCUCAAAUGUGUCAAGGGACUUGGCAAAGGCUCAGCAUCAAAGCACCCAGAUUGCCAUAGAAGCUGUUUACAACCACAGGAUGGUAACUUCCUUUGGAUGCUCAUCGAAGGUUCUUCAGCUAUUCGAGCAUGCACAAGAGGAACCGUUGAAAAAAGCAAGGAAGAAAUCAUGGGUAGCAGGGAUAACCACAGGGUUGUCACCUUGCCUCUCGUUCUUGUCAUGGGCACUGGCCUUCUGGUAUGGCGGGAAGCUGGCACAGUCUGGGGAGAUAUCAGCGGGUGAUGUUUUCAAAACCUUUUUCGUGCUGGUGAGCACAGGAAAGCUGAUUGCUGAUGCUGGUAGCAUGACAUCUGACCUGGCAAAGGGAGCAAAUGCAGUUGCUUCAGUAUUUGAGGUGCUAGAUAGGAAAUCCAUCUCUCCAAAAAAUUCACAGGUGGAGAAGGAAGAUCAGAAGAAGAAAAUAGAAGGUAGAAUAGAAUUCAAGGAGGUAGGUUUUGCAUAUCCAACAAGACCAGAAUGCCUUAUCCUACAGGAUUUUAGCUUGGACGUGAAAGAAGGAACGAGUGUUGGCCUGGUUGGGAGAAGCGGUUGUGGUAAAUCAACUAUCAUAGGUUUGAUCCAGAGGUUCUACGAUGUUGAUAGGGGGGCCGCAGUGUCAGGGAACAACAUUGCUUUUGGUAAACCAGAAGCUGAUGAAGAUGAGAUUGUGGAAGCUGCAAAAGCUGCAAACGCACAUGAGUUCAUCUCGAUGGAUAUGAUACUUGAUUGCGGAGAGCAUGGUAUACAGCUCUCAGGGGGGCAGAAGCAAAGAAUUGCAAUUGCAAGGGCAAUAAUCCAGAAUCCAGCAAUACUACUACUUGAUGAAGCAACAAGUGCGCUUGAUGCGCAGUCAGAGCAAGUGGUGCAGGAAGCUCUUGAUCGAAUAAUGUCAGGGAGGACCACAAUUGUGGUGGCACAUCGACUAAACACAAUCAAGAAUGUAGACUCGAUUGCUUUCCUGGGAGAGGGUACAGUGGUGGAGCGUAGCUCUUACCCGGAGCUCAUGAACAAGAAGGGAGCAUUCUACAACCUCGCAACUCUUCAGAAGUAA